AUGUGCUUUGGCGAUGUGCUGGACGACAGCACCUUUUUGGAAUUUAAAGCCUGGCCACCACGUGCAGGUAGCAGUCAGACUCGUAUACACAGCCCCAUAAGGUUUCCUAUUGCUGCAUUGUUAUCAAAUCGAACGGUCUCGCUACGCCCGAUAUCUCAACAAGUGCGGCCGUGUGUUGAAAAAAUUGCGCCGACGAUUCAUACACCUCCUCCUUUUAAUAUGGAUUGGAUGAGGGCACAGGAUGUGAUGCCCACGUUCACCAUCAUAGAAACAACUAGGUUUUUUUCACUAAGCAGCCUUGAUUUCAACAACUGCUACAGCAAUGGUGAUCCUCGUAGAUGUGCUGAACGUGGUAUCUUAUUUAAGGCUAAUCGGGUUCUUGAAGCUCGUCUCGACUACCUAACUUCCCGAAGAAACGCUGCUGAGUGUGGACUACUCAAAAGUCAAAUUUUCCACGUUUAUACGAAACUAGGACAUGUUGCAGUUCUCGCUCAAGAUUGGGUUAAAGCAUUAUCUGCUUAUCAAGAAGCCUACAAAGUGCAACCUCUUGAAUUCUGGGAAGAUCCUGGAGCCUAUUACGGACUUGGUCUUGUAUAUAUACAUUUCAAGGAGUUCAAACUCGCUGCCGAUUCAUUUUCACGGCUACUUUAUUCCUUCCCAAACCUUGGAGUAAUAGUCGAAGUUAAAGCCCGCCUUGGAGUUUGCUACCAGAAUCUCGGCGAUUAUAACCGUGCCCUUAAAUUCUACAAUCAGGCUCUUUCUGACUCGACGGAGACACCGUUUUUGUCGAAAACGCAUAUACGAUUCAACAUAGCUCUGAGCAGUGAAAACGCUGGAGAUCUUUCGAAAGCUGAAGAGGAGUACAAGAAAAUUGUAGCGGAGGUAAAUCUUUGA